CCCUAGCACCCAGUCCCCGCGGCCGCAUCCGUCGAAUCCUCGAGGGCAACGACGCGAGGCGAGGAGAGAGAGAGAGAGGAAAAAGAGAGGGGUAGAGAGAGAGAAAAAUGCUGCGCCACGCCGCCCGCCGUCUCGUCUCCCGCGCCGCCGUGGCGCCCACCGCCCGCCGGGCGCUCGCCACGGCGGAGGUGCCCGCGGCGGCCGCCGAGGACUCCACGUUCGUGGAGGCGUGGAAGAAGGUCGCUCCCAACAUCGAGCCCCCCUCGACGCCCAUGUCCCUGAUGCAGCCGCGCCCGCCCACGCCGGCCACCAUCCCCACCAAGCUCACCGUCAACUUCGUCCUCCCCUACAAGUCCGAGAUCGCCAACAAGGAGGUUGACAUGGUGAUUGUACCAGCUACAACUGGUCAGAUGGGUGUUUUGCCAGGCCAUGUUGCCACAAUCGCUGAGCUCAAGCCUGGUGUUCUCUCGGUACAUGAGGGGAACGAUGUGACCAAGUACUUUGUGAGCAGUGGGUUUGCAUUCGUCCAUGCAAACUCCAUAGCUGACAUUGUAGCCGUUGAGGCUGUCCCUGUGGAUCAGAUCGACCCAGCCUUGGUCCAGAAGGGUCUCUCUGAAUUCACUGCCAAGCUUGGGUCAGCCUCAACUGACUUGGAGAAGGCUGAGGCUCAGAUCGGAGUCGAUGUCCACAGUGCACUCAAUGCUGCAUUGACUGGUUAAUUGAUGACAGAAUGUGAGUUGGAAGUUUGCAAACUCAUGGACGUGGGAUGGAGGGAAUGAUUCUUAAAUAAAUUAUACUCCAUCUAAAACAUGGACUUCUGUUUCUUCUUUUUACUUGAAUCCUGCAUGGAUUUGUUUUUGUACUGGUGAAUAUUUUUCCUCUGAGCUCAAGACCUGGUGAUUGUUUCAAUUUUCAUUGAGUUGGGCCUUGAAUCAGAAGAAAUAGAUGUGCCAUACUGCCAUUCCGUAGCUCCAGUAAAAUGUCAAAUAUUACUAUGUUUACUUUUAAGAGCAAUAUAAACUACGGUUCGGUUGCUUCCUGUGAA